AUGAAUAUCGGUCAAGAUAUGCUAGAUGAAUUCCUGAGGCCUUCUAACGAUCAGCAGCUCACCUUGCGAGGCAACCUGGAGUCGGAAUAUUUCGCCUCGGUUGAAGAUGCCAUAAAGGCUUACAAGGCCCUCCAGGAAAAGUACCAGUCGCUAGUGCAGGAAUUUUAUCGCAAGGAUGCAGAAUAUCGCGACUCAACCAUGCAACUGCUGGCGCAGGCUGAGGCUCUGAGCCAGGAGAACCACCGCAUAAGCACGGAAAACAAGUACGUUGUGUUACUACUCUAUACACAGUUGUCAGGAACUUGCGGCAGCGAAAUAUGGAGUUCAGCAUGCGUCUCCAAACAGUAG